AAAAAAAUUAACCUUAUCUGUGCUGAAAGAUCGCAAAGAAUCCAUGGUGACAGUUCUUGAAGAUUAUUUUUCAUCAAAGUCAAGCCCGUGGCAGACAUAUGUGUUCUAACAAUACCCCAUGUUGAGCCCUGAGUCCUUCCUGUUGGGGUGAGAACUUCCCUUUCACUCUUGACUUUGCUCCCGUCUUCCCACAAGUCAGUACUGGAAGAGCAAAUAUGACUCAGAAACCGGUUCCCCAGGGUUGUAACAUCAGAUGAGCCACACUGGGGUCAUUACGCUGUAAACCAAUGCCUGUGUUUCCCUGGGCUGGGUUCUCUAGAAGGUGUGCGGCUGACUGAAUUGCCAGAAGAACGUUCACGAGUGUGGGAAGAAAGGACUUGCCACCAGCCUUGACUUCUAGAGACCUUUCUCUGGGCCGGGACGGAUUUUAUGUUAAUCAGAAAUACCUCCGGAAGAUUCAAGAAGCUGUAGGGGUGACGCAAAUCUGUGGAGGGCCAGCAUGGGAAUCCUAUACUCUGAGCCCAUCUGCCAGGCGGCCUAUCAGAACGACUUUGGUCAAGUGUGGCGCUGGGUGAGAGAGGACCGCAACCGUAUCAAUGUGCAAGAUGGCUUUAAUGGAGACACCCCCCUGAUCUGUGCUUGCCGCCGGGGGCACCUGAGAAUCGUUUCCUUCCUCUUGAAAAGAAAUGCUGAUGUGAACCUCAAAAACCAGAAACAGAGAAACUGCUUGCAUUAUGCUGUGAAGAAGAAAUUCACCUUCUUUGAUUACCUACUCAUUAUCCUCUUAAUGCCUGUUAUGCUUAUUGGGUAUUUCCUCAUGGUGUCAAAGACCAAGCAGAACGAGGCUCUCGUUCGAAUGCUGCUCGACGCUGGCAUCGACGUGAACGCCACGGACUGCUACGGCUGCACCGCGUUACAUUACGCCUGCGAAAUGAAAAACCAGAAUCUCAUCCCUCUGCUCCUUGAAGCUCAUGCAGACCCCAUGAUCAAGAAUCGGCGUGGUGAGACUUCGCUGGACAUUGCACGGAGAUUGAAGUUUUCCCAGAUUGAGUCAAUGCUAAGGAAAGCAUCGUAAUCCUAGAGGCCUCACGUGGAGAAGUAGAAAGAAACUAAAGCGCCGUGUUCUCUCUCCAUUUUGGACAAUCAAUCGGUCUGUGGACCGCUCAACCUGGAUGCUGCAAUUUUACGGUUACCAUGGGUAACCCUAAUGGCGGUUGCCAUGGUGACAUUUGUGGAAGAGCUUUGUACUGAUGAUUUUUUUUUUCUCCCAGUGGAGUUCACCAUGGUCAUAAUCUUUCUAGGAGAAACACUGAAGUCGUGGGAGUUUCCACUUUGGUCAACACAAAGGUGACAUUUCCACCCCGGUUGGUCCUGAAGAAGAGAAUCGCAGUUGGCUGGCUCGGUCCUCUCUUCUCAGGUGUGCCACUGUGACCAAGAGGUGGUCCUGUCUAUAUCAUACCCAAAAAACGACUGUUUCUCUCCGUCCUUUUGAGUGGUAGGAGGAAGAUUCGAAGUAGAUAUAUUUGUAUAGAAUGAUGUGUCGGUGGGGGGGUGGGGGGAGAGCUUCAUAUGUAAAUAUUCAUUUGGUGAAACAACUUCAAUAAAAGCAUCUAUCAGUCAUCAGGGGUGGGGGUAUUUAGGCCACAGUCAUGUUGGGAAAUCCUACAAGCCAGGCUUUUUCGUUUUCUUUCCCGAGAGCCAGUUUAGAAUACCUCUAGACAUUUUGCUCUCAGCUUAUAAGUAAAAUCCGUCUUAAUUAUGAACAAAAUCAGGCAACUAUCAAGAUGUUUCCUCAUGGGGCACCUGGGUGGCUCAGUCGGUUGAGCGUCCGACUUGGGCUCAGGUCACGAUCUCACGGUCCGUGAGUUCGAGCCCCGCGUCGAGCUCUGGGCUGACAGCUCGGAGCCCGGAGCCUGCUUCCGAUUCUGUGUCUCCCUCUCUCUCUGCCCCUCCCCCGCUCAUGCUCUGUCUCUCUCUGGCUCAGAAAUAAAUAAACAUUUAAGAGAAUAGAUGUUCCUUCAAAAAUACCUUUAUGAUUCUCUCGUGAAUGCCAGGCAGCUACUAAGGUUGUUCUUUCUGUUUAUUUUCACUGUUAAAAUUCAAACUAUUACUGUUAACGUGGGACAAAGGAUUUCUUUACAAUAAAUAGAGCAACAGGAAAAGAUGGUAUCUGCAUUAUACUUCCAGAAGGGAGAUAGUGAAUAUCAAAAUACAUUUCUCAAGUCCUGUGUCAAUGACACAGAGUAGAAAUAAACACAUUUAAAAAUGAUCAAAUUUCGCCAAGCAGGACUGAAUCAUUAAUAUCUUUAGACAUGGACUAAAGUGUAGACGUAUCACACACUAUAUGAGGUCACAAAUGAACAGUCUAAGAAGAAAAGAUUUACCAUCCUUGAACAGAAAAUCAAAUCCGGAAUAUUUAUUGAGCUAUGUACAGAGCCUUAAGGUGUAUGUUUUGUGAAGGAAAUAGUAGUGUGUAGAUACAGAUUCAGAAGCCCCUACGUGUCUCUGAAAUUAUUUUAGAUACGUGGCACCGAAUCGAGUUAGCAGGUGGCUCUGGGGGAUGGAAUCAACAAAUGAACUUCACACACCAGUGUACCUUCCACCGCACCUGUGUACCUUCAAUUUGGUUUGCAAAAUUACGCUAUCACUCAUGUGUGACCGUAACUGUCAUCUUUGAGACGGUGUGAAAAUUGAGCAUUUUCUUCUAUUCGUGACUGACUCUGGGCAGUUAUCAAGAUCAAAGAAUAAAAUAUGCGAUAGUUUGUUGUCUCUAUGCUCAUGACAUUCUAAUACUUUCUUCCUAGUUUUUCGUUUUUGAAGGCAGAAAACCGGGGCAGACAUUUGUGGACAUUAGGUCUUCUAGCGUCAGUCAAUGAACUCUCAAACGAGCUGGGCUAGGUGCUAAGUACUGAAAUACGUAUACGUGCUUCAUGGAGUGCAUAACGUGCUUACGGAAAAGUCACUAAAUUCCUCACAAAAUUAUUUCCUCUGAGACUUAACUAUAAAACCCUGGCCCUUUCUAAUGGGGCUUAAAAUGUAUUUCAU